AUCCAAAACAAACGAGCCGGCCUGUGUGGGCGGUGUUUUCGGCCAGACUCGGGAUAGGGGCGGGGGAGCCUCCCAGACCAGCUGCCUAUCCCAUCCCUGCUGGUCGCUGCAGCCUAGUCCUGGAGAGAAGUCUCCCUGGACUAGGAGUCCCAGCUGCCUCGUUCCCUCCCGGGCCGGGCGCGGCCUCUCAACAAGCGUCAGAACCAUGUCGGCCAUGGAGAAACACCUCUUCAACCUCAAAUUUGCCGCCAAGGAGCUCAGCAGGAGCGCCAAGAAGUGUGAGAAGGAGGAGAAGGCCGAGAAGGCCAAGAUUAAGAAGGCUAUCCAAAAAGGUAACACGGAGGUGGCGCGCAUCCACGCAGAGAAUGCCAUCCGCCAGAAGAACCAGGGCGUCAAUUUCUUGAGGUUGAGCGCCCGCGUGGACGCUGUAGCUGCCCGAGUGCAGACGGCCGUGACCAUGGGCAAAGUCACCAAGUCCCUGGCCGGCGUGGUGAAGUCCAUGGACGUGGCGCUGAGGAGCAUGAACCUGGAGAAAAUCUCGGCCCUCAUGGACAAAUUCGAGCACCAGUUCGAGACCCUGGACGUCCAGACGCAGCAGAUGGAAGACACAAUGAGCAAUACCACCACUCUGACCACGCCGCAAGGCCAAGUGGACCUGCUGCUCCAGGAGAUGGCCGAUGAAGCCGGCCUGGAUCUCAACAUGGAGUUACCCCAGGGGCAGACGGGCUCUGUGGCCACGGUCGCCUCGGCCGAGCAGGAUGAACUGUCCCAGAGACUGGCUCGUCUGCGCGAUCAAGUGUGAUGGGGGCAGCCUGAUGCGCGCCACGGACAGCACUGGCUUCUUAAACAUUCUUUCUGUUGCUGCACACAUACAUAUUCUGCUCCGACUACACUGGAAACAUUGUCUAUUGCCAGAGUGCCGAAGUGCUGUUUGUGUGAUAAGAUCUGUCUUUUAAAAUGCAGGAAGAAUUUUCACUUUUGGGGAUUUUAUAGUCUGCGAUGGACAGACAGGUUGAAGAUUUGGGGUAUACUUUUGCAGGUGGCUUUUUAACAGGACUAGCGUUUAAAUUGUAUUGAAAAUUGGACCAGAAUGUCUAGCUCUGCAUAUUUGAUUUAAAGUAACCCGACCCCUUUUAAAUACCCCCCAGAUUUUAUCUUUGGAGAACUGAAUUUGAUUCCUACUCCCAUACCUUCUGUCCACCAUCCUCCCUGCAAAUAGGGAUUGAAUGAUCUUGGGAGCUGUUGGAAUGUCUCUUUCGUUUGAUUUCUUAGCCAAAAAAAAAAUUAACAUAGAAUGUUUCUGUGUUGAUAUCAGAUAAAGGCUACUAUUGGCUUUUAUUCUCUUUUUAUUAGAUUUAGUUUAAUUAGCAAAAGCAUUUUUACAUAAUAUUCUAACUAUUGUUUUGGUGCUGUUCUUGUCUUUACCUGAAAAAAAGUGCCAAUUGUUUAUUUGUGUUUUUGUUUUGUUCAUAAGCUCAGCUAUAUUUAAACUUUGUGUCAGAUAUGUUGAAACAUUAAAAUUUAUAUAAUUCCAUAGUUAGCUAAUUCUUUUUAGACUGUAUUUUUAAAAUAUGUUCAUUUAUGUGUAAUUCUGUCAUGUUAAUAGACUCAGAUUACUUGACUAUUCUGGGAAAAUCCUGGCCUUUGUUUUUGUAUGUAAGACAAAAGUUAAAGAUAAUGGAGUGAUGUGAAUUCCAAAGUUAAAACUAUAUUUUAAAUUCCUGGUUAAAUGCCUUUAUCCUUUUUGUCUUAAAGUAAUCACUCUUUAAUAAUUGGCAAAAUGAAAAAAAAAUCGUGUUUUGUUUUUUUUAAUGGAGCCAUAGAAGAUUUAAAUAACUAUUAGUGAGUGUGCUGAAAAUUGGAAGUGUUAUUAGUUUUGUUUUUUGAAAAUUGGCUGAGUUGAGUGAGAGUCAAGAGAUAAUGGGAAGCAGGAGCAGCUAUUUAAAACCAGCUCAAAAGGAGUUUGGUGCUUACAUUGUACUUUGGGCAGUUUAUCUUAAUUGAAAUGUGUAAAUUAAAAUAUUUUGCUGUGAUUUUCUAAGUUAACAUGUAGUGGACAGUGACUCAGCGAAGUAUCAAAACAAGUGUAGGGAUCUGUGUUGAAAAAGUAUGAUUUUUGUCCCUUGCUGGAAGAUAUCUUCAUAAAAGAUUCCCAAUGUUUCUUCAUUUAAGGAAGUAAUAUUGCAGAGCAAAUUGCUAUAGGAAAUUUUCCUGUUGUGAGUCAUAAAGGCACCCAAAGUGCAAUUACGGAGUUACUUGUAACACAAUUUUUAGCCAGGUCUUUGUUAUUGUUGUUAACUUCCUAAGGAUUGUUAUUGAUGAGAAAUGUGAAUCAAGAUAGUUUGAAAACAGCUAAAUUCAGUUAGAGAUUAAAGUUUUGUUUGUGACUGAUAGUGUCUGGUACAGGAUUCAUGACUGUAUAAUGUUUCUUUUACCAUGUGGAAGUCUUAUUUUCUUCCCACUAAAAUGGUCUGUUUCUAAUUCAAACAGUCUAGGGAAACAGAUGAUUGCAAAUUAAAAUACUGAGGAAAUACAGUUUCCUUGUUUUCAUAGCAGGUAAUCACAAUUAAAAAUGUAAAUCAUUGCAGAGCUUGAUUAGAAAAAGCUCUAUUAAGAUGGGAGGAACAAAAUUCAUACUGUAGUGAAUAAGAAAAUUUGUGGGCAGAGGAGGAAAAAGUUGAUAGUUUCCUUAGAAGGGAAAAGAUUGCAUUCUUCCCUAAUUACAGUAUUUUGGUCAUACCUGGACUAUCACCUUCUAUCCUGGAAAACAGACGGUAGAAUUAGGAGUAAAGGUACAAGUUGGAUUUAGGCUUAAUAAUAUCCAAAAAUGGAAUGAUGCUUGAGGAAUGACUAGGUCCUCUAUUUCCUGAGGUCUUCAAGCAGAGAUCAGACUUGUUGGUUUUAUUGGAAGGGAUUCUUAUUCAGGCAUUGGUUGGAUUCUAUAGUCGAGUAAAUCCCUUCUAACUAUUAAAUUAUGUAACUGAGUUUAGUUAGCUACCAAAUACUAAGUGAUUGUUGAAGAGAUCUUUCUCAGGUCAAACAGGGGAAAAGAUUUUAAAUGAAAGCAAGGAAAGAAGAGAAAAAUGAAAUGUUCUUUCUCAGAAGUAAAUUAUUAAGAAAAUUAGAUUAUUUGUUGGGGAAGGGAAAUGUUUCUAGGAGCAGAGUUUGGGGAUAUUGCUAGCCUUGUGCUAUAUUAGUUUUAAUUUAAAAAAUUAUUUUUCUUUAAUGUUUUUUCUCAUCUACCUCUCCCUCCCUGAAGAGCAAAAAAGAAAGAAAACAUGCAUCAAGUAUGCAGAGGCAAGCAAAAAAAUUCCCAUAUUGACCCUGUCUAAAACCAUUGUAUCUCAUCGGACAUAUUUACCAUUCUGCCAAGAAAUGGAGAGCAUUCUUCAACAUUGGCCCUCUGGAAUCCUGGUUGCUUUUUUGUGUUGAUCUUAAGUUUUAAAAAUAUGAACACUUCAUAAAUUUGCAUGUUAUCUUUCCUCAGGGGCUAUGUUAGUCUUUAUUGUUACAAUUUUAGUAUAUAUGCUGCUAAAGUGAGUGUAAUCUUGUGCUUAAAAAAAAAAUUGGGGAGUCUUCAUUUAGGAGAACGUAGGAAGUGAGAAGAAGAAAGUAUGUGAUGCAUAUUUCUUGGAAGUGUAUUUGGUGAUUGAACAAUCUUUGAAGUCUAAUCUUAUGUUUCUUCACAUUCUUGUUACCUUUGCCAUGUAUGUGCUGGGAUUAAAAAUCAGUAAACAAUUAUUAAACGCCUUCUAAGUGCCAA